CGGACCUGUGAAUGUCUCCACCUACAACUCCCACUCUGGACAUCAUCUUUUCCCCAAUCCGGCCAUCAUGGCGUCUUCAUUCACCAUGUGUGCGUCGUGCCUGCGUGCAGCAACGAGAUCAGGGACAAGGUCACCCAUCAAAGCUGCAAACACAGCACACUACUCCUUGCGAGCAUACAGUAGAGUAACCGCGGCCGCCACGUCGCAAUCGCUACAUCUCGACUUCCUAGUACCAUCCGCCAUAAAGGCACAUCUGAGGCCAGUCUCAGCCUUCAAAUCACGCACACCAGUCCUCACGCAAGCGCAACGCACCCCCCGACGAACACUCGCCACAGUUGCCGAUCCAUCAUCCGCAAAGCCCGCCCACGCAAUACAAAACCCACGCAACGACGACUCCGGCAACCCUAUGCUCAUAUCCAUCUCGCCUCGCGCCUCAAAUCGCUUGCAUACAAUAUCCGCCAAGGACAAUAACCCAAACCUCGCCUUGCGAGUAACCAUUGAAAGCGGCGGCUGCCACGGCUUUCAGUAUUUGAUGGACUUGACCGAUUUGUCAAAGACGCCAGCGACAGAGGAAGACACAAUAUUCGAGGGAGACAAGGGAGAGAAGGUCAUCAUCGACGAACCGAGCUUGGAGUUACUAAAUGGGAGUACGGUCGAUUACACCAUGGAACUGAUUGGGAGUCAAUUCAAGAUUACUGGUAUACCCGGCGCUACGAGUAGUUGCGGGUGUGGGACGAGUUUUGAUAUCAAGUUAUGAGAAGUCAAACUACUCGUUUUCUGCAUAUGACCUUUGUUUCGCUGACUACAUGGUUCAGCACAUUUCUAGUGCAGUUGUAACACCUAUAGUUCAUAAUGCAGUUGAUUUACAAGAACUACUUAUAUGUACUACUCCGAUCGGCUCGCGACUUUGAUCUUGAGCGCAGAGGAUAUCGGAGCAGUAACGAACGACUCGUGGAACCUAUUAAGCUUCUGCAAUGCGGAUGAUAUUCUCUAUCGACGGUGUAUAUCGUUAGCUAGUCGUGCUCCAAGACACUCUGUUCGAUCAUUGGCCUGCAUACUUUGCGCGUCUCACUCACGGAUAUGACAGUUGGCCAAUGAUGUCGUUGCUGGAUUCAGCUCGGCUGCUGCCUCAUGCUUCUCCCAAAACCAC